AUGGUUCUCAUAGCUGAUGAGUACAAGUAUGUCCUGUAUGAGCCCUCCCUUGAAGUCGGACUAAAUUCCUCUGAGGAAGAGAAAGAGGCGGAGAAAGCAUGGAAAAAGGCUGAUCAAAUGGCCAGAUGUUACAUGCUUGCUUUUAUGUCUAACGUGCUCCAAAGUAAGCACAAGAAAAUGGAUAGUGCAUAUAAUAUUAUGCGGUCUCUUACAAAAAUAUUUACUGAUAAGAGUAGGCCUGCAAAGCAAGCUACUCUUAGGGAUAUAAUGAACACAAGGAUAGCUGAGGGUGGGUCAGUCCGAGAGCACAUGCUCAAGAUGAUUGCACAUUUCAAUGAAGCAAAAAUCCUAGGGGCUAAUAUUGAUAUAGAGAGUCAGAUUGAUAUGGUUCCUGAGACUCUAUCGGAGUCCUUUAGUCAAUUCAAGUUGAACUAUAAUAUGAGGAAGAUGAAUAUGACUCUUCCCGAGUUGAUGAAGGAACUCCAAGCAGUAGAGGCUAUCAUGAUGCCUAAGUCUAGUAUUCAUCUAGUCCAAUUUACCUCUUCUGAGCUUAAGCCUGAAGGCAAAAAGUUCAUAAAAAAGGGAAACAGCAACAUGAUUUUGGUACCACUAACCAUGUCUGUAACUCUUUACAGGGGUUCAGGAAGACAAGAAGGCUUAGUAAGG